AUGUUGGAUUGCAAGCCCAUUGAUAGUCCUAUGGAUCCUAACCAAAAGUUGAUGGCUGAUCAAGGUGAACUGUUCACAGACCCAGAGAGAUAUAGAAGAUUGGUUGGGAAGCUUAUUUAUCUCACAAUCACAAGACCUGAUCUUUCUUUUGCAGUAGGGAUUGUUAGUCAAUUCAUGCAGGCCCCUCAUAUUGAUCAUUGGAAUGCUGUUUUACGUAUCCUUAGAUAUAUCAAAAAGGCACCAGGACAAGGAUUGUUGUAUGAGGACAAAGGAGACAGCCAAAUUUCUGGCUAUUGUGAUGCUGAUUGGGCUGGUUGUCCUAUAGACCGACGCUCUACUACUGGCUACUGUGUGUUCCUAGGUGGAAAUCUCAUAUCUUGGAAGAGUAAGAAGCAAAAUGUUGUUGCUCGAUCCAGUGCUGAGGCUGAAUAUCGUGCUAUGGCCUUAAUUACUUGUGAACUUAUGUGCAUUAAGCAACUUCUUCAAGAGUUAAAGUUUUGUGAAGGUCAUCCAAUGAAGUUGUAUUGUGAUAAUCAAGCUGCACUCCACAUUGCCUCCAAUCCAGUAUUUCAUGAGAGAACUAAACAUAUAGAAGUUGACUGUCAUUUUGUUAGAGAGAAGUUGCUAUCUAAGGAAAUUGUUACCAAAUUUGUCACAUCCAAUGAACAACUUGCAGAUGUUAUGACUAAAUCAUUGAGGGGGCCUCGCAUUCAGUUCUUAUGUUCCAAGCUUGGUGCAUACAAUCUGUAUGCUUCAGCUUGA